AUGGAACGCGCAGCGCAGGCGUUAGGAUUGCCAGGUGCCAUGCAAAGACUUGCACAAGCGACCAAUAAUUUCCAGGUGUACACCUGGUGGAACGAGUUGCCUUUUGUGCACAUUGCGACAGCCCAGCGCAUGUUCCAGAGCUGGGCGAAUUACCUGAAGACCGCAGAUUCUUCUCUCACGAGAUCGCAGCGAAAGUCGUCGUCAUGUCAACACUGCGACGUGUUGACGAGCAUGAUUCCACACAUGCAGUUCCCCACAUCCUCUAUCCAGAGGGACAUUUCGGCAACGAGCGUAUCAGGGAGCAUGGGAGCUGGCCAUGGCGAGGCUAUGGAAACUGCAGGCAGGGCUUUCGAACACAUUGUCUACCAAUUGUACACGGUGUCAGAAGGAAGCUACCGGGUAAAGGAUUUGACCAGUUCGAUACACAACAAAGACAAACUUUCCCUUCUCGAGCGUUUCUGGUGCAUGGGUGAAGAAGACCGCAAAACCGUCAUUAACACCAUCCAUCCUCUGUGGUUGCCGUUCGCAUGGAAAAAUGACACGACAUUGGAAGAAAAGAAGACAUACGAUUACCAUGAGGACAGAGAGUUUCCGUCUGUGUUGUUGAAUUUCCAUUUGGACAGGAACCCAUGCAUGUAG